AAGGACGAUGGCUGAAGCGGGCGGACGUGCCCCGCUCGUCCCGACGCCCCUUAGCCACGACCGGCGCCUGGGCGAGCUUGGCGGCGGCACCCAAGCCUCGCAGCGGCUCUUGGCGUACAGCGAUGCGCUCUUCUCCAUCAUCGCCACCGUCAUGAUUUUACCUGUGGCACAUACAAAGAUACAUCCAGACCAGAAACUUGGAGAAAAUGUCCAGCAGCUGCUAGCCACCAAAAUUGCUGUUUAUCUGAUGACCUUUUUGAUAGUCACAGUUGCCUGGGCAGCUCAUGUCAGGCUUUUUCAGGUGGUUGAACUCAUUGAUGAUGUACUUGCCCUUGCAAAUUUGGCAUGCAUGAUGAGCAUUACUUUUUUGCCAUAUACAUUCUCCUUAAUGGCGUCUUUUCCUGAGGAACCAUUUGGCCUUUUUAUCUUUAGUAGCUGUGCUGUUGUAUUUGGUGUUAUCCAGGUGAUGAUUGUAUUAUAUGGCUUCAGACAUUCGUAUCUACUGAAUCAUCAGAUACAGGAAUCUGAAAAUAAGGCAUUUUAUAAAUACCACAUUUUAAAGAUCAUCCUGAGAGGGCCAACGCUGAGCUUUUUGGCUGCCAUUUUUUCAUUUUUCUUCUUUCCAUUGUCAUACAUGUUCCUUGGGCUCAUUAUUUUUUUCCCACUUCUCAGCCAUCUAACCAAAUGGUUUAGAAGCAGAAUUCUUGGUCAAGAGGAGGAACUCCCUGUAGAGUAUUUUACUUCUUACCUUAAGGAACCCUUGAGUAAGGAACGAGUGGAAAGUUUCAGUGAUGGAGUUUAUGCAAUUGUUGCAACUCUGUUAAUUCUGGAUAUAUGUGAAGAUAAUGUUCCUGACAAUAACAUAGUUAAUGAGAAAUAUAAUGGUCAUCUUGCUGAAGCACUGAGAGAAUUUGGUCCAAGUUUCCUUGCCUACUUCGGAUCGUUUGUAACUAUUGGUCUUCUCUGGUUUGUCCACCAUUCACUCUUCCUCCAUGUGACCAAAGCCACCCGACUGAUGAGCCUCCUUAACACCCUCUCUUUGGCUUUUAUUGGUGGACUUCCUCUUGCUUACCAGCUGACCAGUGAGUUUGCCGAGAAGUCUUACAACGAAAUAGAAGCCAUUCAGAUCAGCUGCGUUACCAUUUUUUUUGCCAGCAUCUUCCAGUUCAGCAUAUGGAUUGCUGCGCUGUUCCACGAAGUUGAGACAUUGCAUCCUUUUGCGAGGUACGGUGGCAAAGAACACGCCUUCAUGUUUGCAAAGCUUUCUCUCUACCCCUGCGUGAGCCUUGCAGUCUUCUGCCUGACGUGUGUUGUGAGUGAGCUAAGUACGACUAUUUUUCAUCUCACACAAAUAAUCGUCCCAUUUGCUUUCCUUGUAUUGCGCAUCUUCGUCAGAAUCGGCUUGAUGAUACUAAACUAUAUAAUGUCGAUGGCCAGGCCAAAGAACAGUGUUUUAGAAGAAGAAGAAGAAGCCUGUUUAUCCCCAGCCGAUACGCUAUCGUAGUUUUCCCUGCACUUUACAUGGAAAAUCAAGAUACUCCUGUGACUUGGAGAUUUCUAGAUUCAAUUAAAACUGAAUUGUUCCUUUCUUUAGGGAUGCUCAGCUUUCCCUUUUAUUCGUGGACUGGGGUCUGGAGAGUGAGUUUGGCUAGAAUACUUAUCACCUCAAUAGCCUCACUGAUCAUAGACGAUUGGUGAGGAAUCGUAAGAUGCUUGGGCGAAAAUAAUGGCAUUAGCAGUUUCUUGGGAAGUGCCAUUUGUCAUAGCCAGGAAAGGUGAUAAUAUGAAUGUCCUUAUCCAUUCCAUGGCCAUUAAGUGACCUGGAGGAUGUAUUAAACUGCUAAAUAAUUCAAUGUGUGUCUUGAUUUGCAACCCUAACAGCUGCUGUCUAAUCUAUGUAAUCUAGCAAAUCAGUGUAAAGUAACAUGAUUAACUGAACAAAGGAAUUGUGAGUCAACAAAUUACUAUCAGCAAUUAUACAAGAUGUAGUUCGUUCAGCACUGGCAACUUCUUAAAGAAACCUGUAUGUUCAGCAUGCUAAAUGUUCAGAGAAUAUUUAGAAAGAGUUGGCUGUCAGUAUAACCAAAGUUAUAACUUGAUGAGGGGAUACUUACGAUAUAGGUUUGUCCCAUUAUUGCCCCAAUAAUGUGACAAGCCUACUUCGUAAGUAUCCUUUAGAAUCCAGUGUUAAUAGCCAUAACUUUAAUAAUGUAAUUUU